AAAUACAAUCGGGUGUCGCAAUACCCUUCACACUUGACUGGGCAUUCAUGGUGUCUCUCUAGUGUAAACAGAGGGCCAUCGAGUGGCCAUAUUGGAAAGAAAAAUAGGAAAUAGCUGAACCUUAAAACAUAAAUCUGGACUGGCGGAUAGUGGUCACUGUCCACACCACGCACUGUGUCCUGGUCCGGGAGUCCUGCCUGUGGAAUCAUAAACCAUGGAUAUUUGAUACUGACAACAGUCCGGGGCCUGACUGAUCCCCCGUGAUAACCAGUGUGAUUUUGUGUAUAAUUCUGUUAUAAUGGAUUAUCUUACUUGUGUAAAGCGGUAGCAUUAUGACCAGUCGUGUUGUUGUCAUUGGACUAGCCAUCGUGUUGGUAUGCGCACGACGUCGGGCCGGUGGUUCGCCCGGACUAGAUGGAGAUGACAGGCCGAGUCUGAGGGUGUCAGAUCCGGACGAGGGCGUGUACGUAACCAGUAAUGGAUCUAACAUCACCAUCACGUGUACGGGGGUGAACUUCGCCAAGGACUAUCAAGUUUAUUGGUCCAUACGGAAGCGAAUCCCGCCCAAGACCAUCACCAGCGCCGCCGAGAAGACCCCAUCAGAGCCGGCUAAGUACCAGGUGUCCCGAUCUUACUCUAACGAGGAGGACAAGUUUCAGCUGAAUGUGACAUCGAUCACCCAACAGGACAAGGGUCUCUAUAUCUGUUCUACCUACUACAGUGGCCGGUCGAUAGAGGGCGCUGUCGAGGUCCGGGUGGAGGAUGUUCCGUUUUUACACGUAUUCGCUAACAAUAUAUCAGCGUCUAUCGGCGGGAUGGCCGGACUUUCCUGUGAGGCCUCUGCCGUACCACCGAUACAAGACAUCAUCUGGCAAAGGAAUGGCGAGACCAUCAACAACGGAACGGACGAAAGAUUUUACAUCUUUAAUCGCGGGAGUGAGAUGAUUUUCACUAAACUGGUGAUUUUAAAUGUGACCAGUGACGACGAAGGAGUUUACACGUGUAUAGCCACGAACGACAAGGGCUGGUCAAGCCGCAAGGUGGCGCUAAAUACUAUCAUCACGAACUACAGCGAUGCCGCGAAGGACGAAGCUCUGUAUCAGGAGAUGGUGAAGAUCGUAGAACCGAGCCACUAUAAGUCCAAUGUUGUGGUGAUGGGUACCCUGAGGGUCACGUGCCUCGUCACAGGAUUCCCUUACCAACCUAAGAUGUACUGGGAAAUUGUAAGUUUCGGAACAGGACCGAUGUUGCAGCUAAUGGAUUCCGAAGAGAGGCAUUAUGAUGACGUCACGAUCACAACCUACGUCAUGGAGAACGCUACCGGGUUUUAUUAUAAUCUCAUGUACUACCCUGUAAUGUAUAACAACACCGGAAGUUACACGUGUCUGGUUCCUCAUCACGCAGGCGUCGACAAGGACACCAUCAACAUUACUGUAUCAGGCGCUCCGAUGGUCGUGGCGUCCCAGUUGUCGACAUAUGGACUUCUCGGCCAUCACAAGGUUGUUCUCAGCUGCUCAAUUUGUGCUAACCCCGCCCCAACUCUGGUGUUGUGGUAUUUUAAUGACCUGUUGAUAUCGGCGUCAUCAAGGAUAAAUCAAAGCCUCACCAAAGUGAAUUCUGUAGAGCUGAACGCCACACUAACAAUCAACACAAUCACUGAAAAUGACUUUGGUACAUAUACCUGUAAGGCCUACAACAGUAUCGCCCAUGGAAUGGCAGUACAGGUCAUACAAGAUGUUGACGAAUGCAGUUUUGAUCACGAUUGUGACCACGGCUGUGAGAACGGACUAGGUACAUACACGUGUACGUGUGACAACGGGUACAAACUACAGGCUGACAGUAAAACGUGUCAAGAUGUGAACGAGUGUCAGUUGACGGAGAAGGUGGCCUGUGAACAGCAGUGUACUAACUACAAUGGUAGCUUUCUUUGUUCCUGUCAUGAUGGCUGGGUCCUCGACGACAACGGGAAAACAUGUACCAACACGAACGAUAACUCCGGCGAGAGUCCAGACGACGAAGCCAUUCAGGCAGAAGAGAUCUACUCCAUCGUUGGAGCUACAUCCGGGGCCCUACUCAUCAUCAUACUCCUGAUAUUAUGUAUCGUUUGGUGUCGACGGAAGAAAGACGAGGAGGAGAUGCCGAUGAAAGCCGUGUAUUCUGUCAACACUGGGUAUAGUGGAUCAAGCUCCGAAAUGAAUAUGACAAAGUACCACUCCACAAACACUAAGGACACAAAGAUAUCCCCAGCCGAUGAAUUCCCGCGCCAGCGGCUUCAGCUCGGUAUCGAUCUGGGUCAAGGUCGCUUCGGAAAAGUCAUGAUGGCACGAGCUUUGAAUGUUUCCGGUUUCGGCAAGUGGGAAAUGGUCGCUGUGAAAACGUGUAGAGACAGUGCGUCAGACCUUGAGAAAGAGGAUCUGUACCAGGAGUUAGAAAUCAUGAGGAGUAUCGACAAACAUCCAAACAUCGUCAGCUACCUGGGGUGUUGUACAAAACAAGACCCGCUAUAUAUACUGAUGGAGUACGUCCCUGGUGGCAAUCUUCAGUCCCAACUCCGGAAGUGCCGCCCAAGUCAGCUGGCGUCAUCCGGUGAGGACAUUAACACGCCCACAGUGAAGGAGCUGGAGACCCACGCCCUCCACGUGGCCAAGGGAAUGGUGUACCUGUCUUCUAUAGGGAUAAUCCAUCGUGACCUGGCGGCGAGGAAUAUUUUAGUCGGUCCAAACAGAAUUGCUAAGAUCUGUGACUUUGGACUGGCGCGGGAUGUGGAGGGCUCUGAUAUGUACGAACGUACAUCCAAGGGCCCGUCUCCUAUCCGUUGGAUGGCACCAGAGUCACUUUCGGACCAAUGUUUCACUCGGAAGAGCGACGUCUGGUCGUUCGGAGUUCUCCUGUGGGAGAUCGUUACAUUAGGUGCCACGCCCUACCCUGGUAUGACAGCAAGGGAGGUAAUCAAGUCAGUACUAAUCGGGAAAUGGUUACAGUGUCCACUCCACUGUCAACAGGAACAGUACAGCCUUAUGACUCGAUGUUGGGAUAUGGAGCCCAAGGAGAGACCAAGUUUCAGUGAGAUCGCCAAAGAGUUGGAAGUUUUUAUCGAGAGUGAAACAGACUAUUUAUCGUUUGAUAAUCUAGAGGAAUCUGAGUACGGCGUCUUAGAUCCGGACAAGGUCGACGAACGAGUGUAACCACUUCCGUCUUCAUGGAACUCCGGACAGUUUAAUAACUUCCGUUCACGUGAGAUUUAGGACAGUGUAAUAACUUCCGUUCACGUGAGAUUUAGGACAGUGUAAUAACUUCCGUUCACGUGAGAUUUAGGACAGUGUAAUAACUUUCGUUCACGUGAGAUUCCGGACAGCGUAACCACUUCCGUCUACGGGAGAUUUAGGACAGCGUUACCACUUCCGUCUACGGGAGAUUUAGGACAGCGUUACCACUUCCGUCUACGGGAGAUUUAGGACAGCGUUACCACUUCCGUCUACGGGAGAUUUAGGACAGCGUUACCACUUCCGUCUACGGGAGAUUUAGGACAGCGUUACCACUUCCGUCUACGGGAGAUUUAGAACAGCGUAACCACUUCCGUCUACGGGAGAUUUAGAACAGCGUUACCACUUCCGUCUACGGGAGAUUUAGAACAGCGUUACCACUUCCGUCUACGGGAGAUUUAGAACAGUACUAAAGACUCACCGGAAACAAUGUUGUUGAACAUUUGUAAAUUUGUGUUCUGUUAUUUAUACUUGAUGUAGAGUGAGAUGUUUGAUCUGUCUGACUACUAGACAGUGUUAUAUCUAUUGUUAUACACAGACAAGGAAACAACAUAGGCGGAAACACAAUCAGGAGACAUGGUACUGUAGGAGUGGGCUCUCUAACUGUGAUAUUUUAUAUACCACACCAUUUAUAGACUAUUGGUGUGUAACUAUCGAGAGAUUUGUGAUUCUCAAUCUGUUAUGUGUGUCAUCAACCAUUAUAGAUUAGUGACGUGUGGUAGGUAGUGAUCGACUCACAGCCUUAUAACGAGACAUUUACCUCUUCUAUGAAGGGGGCGUGACCCCUCCCGAUAGGGGGCAUAACUCCUCCUGAGAAGGGGUGUCACUCUGAGAAAGUGUAUAUAACUCCUCUAGAGAGGGGACAUAACUCCUCUAGAGAGAGGGGACAUAACUCCUCUAGAGAGGGGACAUAACUCCUCUAGAGAGGGGACAUAACUCCUCUAGAGAGGGGACAUAACUCCUCCUGAGAAGGGGUGUCACUCUGAGAAAGUGUAUAUAACUCCUCUAGAGAGGGGACAUAACUCCUGCUGGGAUAAAACUACCUAAACAGCGCGUUAGAAAACAAAUACAAUUCAGUCAUCAAACAAACAAUAUAUAUAUAUCAGUGUGCUCAGUGGCUACAGUGAGAUCUAAUAAUUCCGGUAAAAUGUGGCGUAUAUUUUGAAAUCAUGAGUGAUAUCUGGACAUGUAGUACGCUAUAUUUAUGACAUUAAAGUGCUGGUGUGUACAGGGUUAUCGGUGUGAGUGUGAGGUUGUGUGAAUGUUUGUAGUAAUUAUACCUGUAGUAAUUGUAGUAUACUGCCGCGUGAAGGGAUAGUAGCGGUAUCAGUUAUCUGCUGUGGAGUACCAACACUUGUAUGAAUUUACCAUAAUAAAUCCAGCAUAUAAUGUACUUUGUGUAAAGUCUUUAACGUCGAGAAUGAAAUUUCUGGGAUAAACGCAUUAAUACCGUGAAUAAAAAGUUAAUUUUACUUUC